AUCAUGGGAAUUAAACUAUCUACAAACUCUCCACCCUGCUGCAUGAUGGGGGCUGUAUUUCUUGGUUCCGACUAUGCGUUGCACAAGGCCCGUGGCGCGCGUUGACGUCACUUCCGACGGGAUAAGGUUGAUCUGCGCUGUAAGCUCGGGCUGCUCUUUCUCUUCGUCGCCAUCAUGGGUCGCAUGCACGCUCCAGGAAAGGGUUUAUCCCAGUCUGCCUUGCCAUAUAGGCGAAGUGUACCCACUUGGCUGAAACUUACUUCUGAUGAUGUAAAAGAACAGAUUUACAAGUUGGCUAAAAAAGGCUUGACUCCCUCGCAGAUUGGUGUGAUCCUGAGGGACUCCCAUGGAGUUGCCCAAGUUCGUUUUGUGACAGGCAACAAAAUUCUAAGGAUUCUUAAAUCCAAGGGGCUUGCUCCUGAUCUUCCAGAGGACCUUUACCACUUAAUCAAAAAGGCGGUUGCUGUUCGUAAGCAUCUUGAAAGGAACCGGAAGGAUAAAGAUGCCAAAUUCCGACUCAUUCUAAUUGAGAGCAGAAUUCAUAGAUUGGCUCGUUACUACAAGACCAAAAGAGUACUGCCACCUAAUUGGAAGUAUGAAUCAUCUACAGCUUCUGCUCUGGUUGCAUAAGAGCUUCUGUUUGCUAUGGGAACCAACUCAUUAAUAUUCAGUAGCCCUUCCAGUGCUGUGCCAGAAAAAGAUGUCAUAAAGAGGCUUCUUCCUUGUUUGCUGUGGUAAAAUAAAUUACCCAUACCAAUAAAAGCAUCUGAUUUUUCCAUCA